GUUUAUGGUGUUAAGCGGCUCGGUGGUCAGUGUUGUCCUAGGCUCAAUGACUGACAGACGAACAGCGACGGUGCUGAGAAUCUUCUUCUUCUGGAACUGCGGGGACUGACUGUUAAAUAAGCGGCGUGUUGUUGCUGGAUGCCCCGACAGCGACUGCUGUUGUUUGGAAUGACAGGUUGACGCUUCGCCCUCCUUGUUUCGUCUCUGAUCAUCCGUUGAGGAGAACGGAACACGAAGCCGAACCAAGCCGAAUCAGAGGAGCCGUCCAUUGCAUUCGUACGAUCACAUUUCCGAUGUCUUGUAGGAUUGUGUUUGUACGUAUAAGAUAAAGUGACGUCCAUGCCGCAGCGGUUUGGCUGCCGCUUGGCUUCCACAGCGACAACCAGGUAGGUCGGACUUGUCCAAUGACCUGCCAGUCAUCAGAGGCUACAGAUGCCGUCGAGACCAACAGACGGGCUGACGACAACUCCAGAGCUGUAGAAUCUGAUGAGAGCCGCAUUGCGUUGGCCAUGAAAGACUUAAAGAACACAGGCUGGUACUGGGGCAGCCUGUCGGCCUCUGAAGCCAGGGAAGUCCUGCAAGAUGCAGCAGAGGGCACCUUCCUGGUACGAGACAGCUCCCAAAGGGACUAUCUGUUCACUAUCUCUGCCAUGACGUCAGCGGGUCCCACCAACCUCAGAAUCGAGUACAAACACGGGAAGUUCAAACUGGACUCGGUGGUUCUAAUGCGACCGAAGCUAAAGCAGUUCAACAGCGUGGUCCAUCUGGUUGAACAUUACGUCACACUGUCCCGAACACACAGCAAAUUAGCAGCACCACCAACAACUGAUGCCGAGACAGCGGACUCUGGAGCCUUAGCCACAGCGCACAACGGCAUGCUGCAGCUGCUGCUCAUUAAACCCGUCUACACGUCCACACCAUCGCUGCAGCAUCUCUGUCGCAUCACCAUCAACUGUAGGACCAAGCAGGUGCAGGAUCUGCCUCUGCCCAACAGGCUGAAGGACUAUCUGAUGGACUACACCUACAACGUGUAGAUGCAGCAAGAGAGACCGGACGGGUUACGCUACUGCAACGGCCGCGUGCGACACUGCUAACCAUGGACCAGGUGCUAACAUCUGUUCAGGGCGGAUCAGUGCAAUACCUGGACGGGAAGUCCUUGCUGUCAAACAAGGGGUCUACUUCUCUGUCCUGAAGAUCCUCGGACACGGCCACUGACCAGGCCACGUCCUUUAUGAGAGGAGGUGCACUGAGACUUUUUAAGUCAAGGAGUUAAGAACCUGCACGGAUAAAGAACAUAUAUUCCUGACAUAUUAUCCAAGUUUAAAGAGUCAACUUGCACAGGACCAGCUAGGCACCAGGUGGCAGACUAAGCUGGUUACGAGAAAAAAACAGGUGUGAACUAAGAACUAAGUAAAUGGAAAAUAAUACUGCCCACCUAAUUUUUGCCUUUUAGAAAUACUUUGAUAUUGGAAUGGGCUUAAUGAGUUUAAUGUUCUACAACUUUUUCUUUUUUAAAUACACCAAAGGCUAAAAGACUGGAGAAGGACACAAGUGUACACACAUUUUUUGUUUGUUUUUAUAUACGUUCUGGUAUUGUUUGAGGGGCAGAAAAAAGGCGUGAUAACCAGGUCUACCCACCCUCAGAAUCAGGUCGUGUCCAAUGGUGUGGGGUCAUGGUGGUUGUCACGUUGGUGCUCAGACCAGGUCUAGCCCUCUUAGGCUCUUGUCUACUUUAUGAUCCCAAUAAGAGGAUGCAAAACAUCUUAAGUUCCAGUUUUGAACAAGGACAUGGUGCUGGUUUGAACAGGAGAUGGCGCUGCACCUGUGAGCCUGAAGCAAAUCAAAAGCGUUUAGCUACAAACCCUUCAGGGAGCGACACGUUUCCUGUACUGCUGCAGUUCAACCAGGGAGAAAAAGAAAAGCUGCCUGCUUGGCUUGUUACCAUGGGGCGGGGGGCAGCGAGGCAAGGUCUUCCAUGUCACUCUUAGUGAAUCAUACCAUGAGCCUCUAUGUUCUGGUCAGACGAUCAGUUCCUCAUUUGUUUCCAAAGAAUGUUCAGACAGAUGAUGAAUUAAUGGACGGGUGGGCUGAAGGGGCUUAGAGAGGUAUUUUACUAUUAUAAUUAUCAAGUCGUAGAUCUGCUUCUUAGGGAAGGCAUUAGUUUACUUUUCAACCACACUAUAAACAAUGCUUCAAUUACAUGGAUAACGUUGAAGUUGUAAAAGCUUGACUGAUGUAGUUACCUUCAGGAGACAACGCUCCAGGUGCUGCCCAACCUCCAGUCCUCGUUUUGCCUGUCAUUAAAUCAUACUCGCUGACGUGGGUUGGUGUACUCUAACAAUGACCAACCAUUUAUAUCUGAACAACUGCAAAAUAACAUGAUUUGGAUGAUCUCUGGAUAUUUAUAAGGUCCAACAUAUCAGGUGUUGUUUUUAUUCCAACGUGAUUUUUUUAACAACAACGAUGGCUUCAGUUUUUUU